AUGUACAAGCCUAUCUCCGUCAGGGCGACCUUGCCGCACGAUUUUAUAUCCAAUAACGAAAUCACGACUAAUGGCAAACCAAUCGAUGGCAUCUCCCGCUGGCUGGAAGAUUUUACCCGCUCAGUCUUACCUCGAAAUUGCCACUCCCAUAACGAUUACUGGCGACCAUAUCCGUUAUUUUCGGCACUUGCGGCAGGUUGUGCGAGUGUGGAGGCUGAUAUCUGGCUCAGUGACGACGGUCUUGAUCUACUAGUUGGACACGACCGUGGCUCUCUUUCGAGCGAGCGUACUCUCCAGACGAUGUACCUGGAUCCGCUACUGACGAUCCUUGAGCACCAAAACCGACAAGGAUCCAUCACACCAUUCGAACAGGCACGCGGCGUCUUUAAUACCCGGCCAGAUGCGGCCCUUGUUCUCCUGAUUGACGUCAAAACAAACCCCACCGAUACAUGGCCACUUUUGGUAAAGCAACUUGAACCGCUUCGGAAAAGACAGUUCCUCACACGUUUUGAACACAUCGAAACGUCGCCAGGAGUUAUUACCAAGCAGGGCAUCUGGCCAGGCCCCAUUACAGUCGUUGGCACGGGCCUUCUGGACCGAGCGACCCUUUUCGACCACAAACGUCGGAGCUACGCCGAUUACGAAACUUAUCAUGACACAUUCAUAGAUGCGCCGCUGAGCACUUUGGCACAAGAUAAUACGAGCAACUUGAGCCAAUUAUGGUCGGCAAAUGAUUCAUACUAUGCCUCGGCUUCUUUCAAAACGACAAUUGGAUCGGUUCGAACCGGCUUCACCAAAGCACAAAGGAAGAAACUGAGAGCUCAAGUUGAAGUGGCAAAGCAGAGUGGGCUCAAGUCCAGGUACUGGGACAUACCUGACUGGCCCAUCGGGUACCGGGACUACAUCUGGAAGGUAUUGACCGAGGAGCACGUUGACAUGCUCAACGUGGAUGACUUGGAAAGUGCUGCUCGUCGGGGUUGGACACAGGGUUAUCUCAGGGAUGUGCUUUGGAUGUCGCUAGUGUCGACGUACUUGUUUAGCUGCAGUAUUAUGGUUCUCUUUUUGAUUAGCCGACGGUCAAAGAAAGAGUAUACACAGCAACAGGACGUCUUUGACAGCAAUUCAAGGACUGCGAGAGUGUAG